AUGAUGCCCUUCGGAGCGGGCCGCAGGAUGUGCCCGGGAUAUACGCUCGCCAUGCUGCACUUGGAGUUCUUCGUCGGGAGCCUCGUGAGGGAGCUGGAGUGGCUGCCGGCGGUGGACGGGGAGGAGGUGGACAUGACCGAGGUGCUGGAUUUCACCACCCUCAUGAAGAAUCCCCUCCGUGUUCGCGCCAUCCCAAGGACUUGA